AUGACAGCGGAAGCGGAGAUGGUAAACACACCGUCGGUUUCAACUACUAUGGACAGUUCCAUAAACAGUAAUGCAUCAGAAUACGCCAUUGGAACCAGCAUAACCACAAAAUUUCCCUCUUUUCGAAAAAGCUCUCUCAAAACUGUUUAUCAGUGGUUGGAGGGAAAACGACAGGAUGACGGUGCAGAAGGUUUGUGGCGGAUUAACGACGAUUUGUAUGAUUUAACCGAAUUUACUGAUCGUCAUCCUGGUGGGGCCGAGUGGCUACGACUGACGAAGGGUACGGAUAUAACGGAAGCGUUCGAAACGCAACAUAUCCGGAACCUUGCCGUUCAGCUUUUACCAAUGUAUAGAGUACGAACAGCAAAGGAGAAGCGAAAUGUUCGCUUCACGUUUCACGAACAAGGUUUCUACCGAACACUGAAGCGAAGGAUUGGUGAAAAGUUGCAGGAUGUGGAUCAGCGACCUGCACGAUAUUCGGAAAUUAUUCAGGAUGCGCUGAUGACUAGCACUUUUGUGCUCGCAUACUUGGCGAUCAAUGUUGAAAGUUAUUUGUUGGCGGCUGCUUGCGGUUGGGUGUUGGCUUGGACGAUGAUCUGCGCUCAUAACUUUUUCCACCGGAAGGACAACUGGAGAAUGCUGAUUUUCAAUAUUGCCUUUUUCAGCUACAGAGAAUGGCGAAUAUCGCAUGUACUAUCACAUCAUUUAUAUCCAAACUCGAUACUGGAUCUCGAAUUGACUUUUUUCGAACCGUUCCUGUGUUGGUUCGUUCACACCAAGAAGAACAUUUUACAACGCUUUGUGUCCUGGUUUAUUGUCCCGAUCGUUUAUGUAGUGAUGUUUUUCAACGAAUUUAUAAAAAGGGUAGUGGAAACGUGUUCCACCAGUACCAAAUCGUUUUAUAAGGACGAUGCGAUCACCUUAGUGCUACCUAUCUUUUUGUACAUGACCAGUGCGCAAAGCAUACUUACAGUCUUAGCUUUUUGGAUGAUUAUCAUUCUAAUGGCUAGUUUUGCGUUUGGUUAUAUCGGAUUAAACGCUGCUCAUCAUCACCCAGAAAUAGUCCAUUCGGGAGAUUCAAUUCCUUCUGAGAUUGAUUUCGGUGUAUACCAGCUAGCGGCAACAGUGGACAGAUUCGAUAGGAAAAGUUCCCAAUUUCAAGUUCUGACUGGAUUUGGUGACCACUGUCUACAUCAUCUGUUCCCGACCUUGGAUCAGGGAGUUUUGGCUCAACUGUAUCCGACAUUUUUGGAAACAUGUGCUGAAUUCGAAGUACAAUACCGGGAAUAUCAAUGGUGGCAAAUGCUUAUAGGACAGUACCGGCAGCUUGCUCGGAAUCACACAACAGAUUAUUUGGUAAGGACUAAGAAAAAUAUGUGA